ACAUAUUUAUCGUACUCUCAAUACAGUUUAUGGCAUUGUACGUAGAACUGACCAUGUAUAGACAUAUAACAUAAUCACCUGUCUGAUCAUGUGAUAUUUGAAAACAUUUUUCCACCAAACUACCAACAAGAAAUCUUCUCUUUUUUGUUUGUUUGUUUGUUUCACGGAACGCGAAAAGCGUAACUUUCACUUUUUGUUUUGUGCUCAGACUUGUUACAAUCUCGUUGUGCAAUACUGACGUGUAUUACAUUCCGAUGCAAUAUGGCGCUGAUAGAGGUUUCAGAUUUCUACUACCCUGUGGGGAACACGCCACCUAAAGAUCUGACACUCGGUUGCCAGGUUCCCGAUGACGUCAGUAUCCUGUUACUAGGUUGUGGAGACAUACGUAAUAUUCUGUACACAAUUCACACGUUCUACACCAAUGACAUUUACCCAAAGGAGCCAAUCAAAUUCCACCUCAAUGAUCAUCAUUCUGGUAUUUUACCGCGCGCAGCUAUACUGCUGUACCUUGUUGGUAGCAUUGAUCCUACCAACGAGGAUGACUUGAAGUUUCUUUGGUCUGUUUGGUACGACUGUUAUCUCACGAGAGAACAUGGCAAGAGACUCCAUGAAAUGUUCAGUCGAGAUAUAUUUUCAGAUUCUUCUGUGAUAGCUGGAGAUGGUCAAACCUUAUAUAGAACGGCAGCAACCCUUCGCUUUUGGACGAAACAAGAUCUUAGUGUAGCUCAGUUGAUGGAAAAGAGACGCGACUACCUGCAAAGACGUUACGAGAAAAAGAUCAAAUUUCCAGAAUAUUCAAUCAAAAGACUGCUGAGAAGAUUUAUUGGACAGUAUCCCAGUUUUGCAGAUAACAAGACAUAUCUGGAGUCGUGCUCUCGGGAGAUAACAGAUUUUGUUAAGAUGGGCGUCACAAGAAUAAAUCUGAGAGGAAAAACGAAAAAUGAGAUUAUGAGGACGUGCGUGGUGAAUCCGACGUUUCUGAAGCCUAAUAAUCGCUGGAUAAUAGAAGAAAACAGCACGAUAUUCCUCGCCUUCGAUUGCGACAUGGCACGAUAUGAUGGCAAAGAAAACGACGUAGCUUCACUGUGUUUUCGACAGUUGGCUGUCUGGGUUAGCAGCUAUCAACACUACGUCAAAAGAACUUGUAGUCCACAGUACACAUUGUGGUUUGGUGAUGCAUUACCGGUUUUGGACCAUGAUCUUCCCGCAGGGAUGCAAUUUGACUUCAUCGACUCGUCAAACAUCUGUGAUACGACCGGUCUGUCUCGUGUUCUUGUGCACAGUCAACCACGACUCAAAAGGGAUAAUGGUAUCUUGACGACGGAGAUGUUUCACUUCUUUGUAGCAUAUACGAAAAUUACAGAAGUCUUUGAGAAAUGUAUUGGCUGUUCGCCUUCUUUGCUUCCAACCAUAUUUGGACUUCAUUUUGCUGUUGACCUGGAUAUUGGAACUGAAAAACUUAUGCCAAGUGGUGACUUUGUUGGCGUAAACAUCAUAACGUUUCAUUGGAAAGUUGCACGAGAUCCGUCUACGUUAAACAUCAAAGAUGGAAAAGCUGGUGUUGGAAUCGACACCAUCAAACGAAUGUUUACAGUUCCAGACACAUAUCCUCUUGACGCCUCUGCAGAUGUUGUGUGUUCUCUCAACAAACAGGACAACGAUCUAAGAGGGAAGAUCAUCACACGGUUGAUGUCUAUCUGUGACGAGCAAUCUUACAGCUAUUUGCUGGAUGUGAUUCGCCAGCCUGAUUUCGCCAAGAUGCUUGACUCAGAUAUUGAACACUACAUCAGCCGACCAUCAGAAAAGCAACAAAAUGAGGUUGUGGUGACUGUUGUGAAAGAAUUCAAAGAAAGUUAUCACGUGGUUUUUAAGAUGGAUUCAAAACUUUGUUUUGGGAAGUUCAGCAUGAACUACACAGAUGACAGCAGAAAAGACAGCGUGUGCUUCACUUUCAGCGACGCAAGCACAACACUUAAACAUAGAUGCCAACUUUCUUGUGCAAUCCUGUUGUCAUCUUCGAAAAUCGAGGUCUCAAGGAAGGCUGGCGAAGUGACCUGUGACCUGUUGAAAGACUUGACCUUGACCUCAGGUGAACUGGUUCUUCCUCUACGACCACUGUUCUCUGACGUCACAAAGGUUCCUGACUACGAGAAGUCAGACGAGAAUGACCGAGAGCUGUAUGAGAUCAAUCUCCACCGAGUUUACCCACGGAGUAACAGAUCUCUACACGACAUCCACAAAAUGUCAGGCUGGAAUAUUUUGAAGGAAUUACUUUUCUGCACAUAUGUUGAAUUUAAUUCAACUCCACAAAUCAGGACAAUACAUUUGACGUACGGAGACUGCUCAAAGGAGCUGAAGAAUUUCAAUAUGAUGUUCACCGUGGAUUCCUUCAAAAUAGUCGAGAAUCUGCCCACCCUGGUUGUGAGGUGGGUCGACUUUGACGAAGUUAGGAAGAACGUGCAGGAGAACAAAACAACAGAAGCAGACGUGAUGGCGGCCAUUAAAAAGUCACGUGAUCUUCCUCGUGUUUACAAUCUGGGAAAACUGGCAAAGCUUCACGAUGGUUUUGUACUCCUGAAGAAAAUAAUUGCUCUGAACACGAGACGAUCAAACCAGGUGGAGACGACAGACGUGGCUCUACCUUGGCAGAAUUCGUUCAUCCGACCAAGAUAUCCUUUCAUACCUUUUUCAUAUCAUCUAUAUUUUGCAAACAUGCAUGAGCGUAUGGAUGCAGAAACAAGUGCAGAAUACUUCAUUGAUCCUAUUGAAUUCUAUCUCAAGUUAAUGGAGAUUGCAAGAUCAGGUUUGUCCAGAAUAGAUAAUGUCCGUCAGCUUCAUUUGACGACCAUGGAGGAAAUGAACAAGGUGACACCACCAAUGUGUCAGGGAAAUCGACUGUUAUUUUGUGAUAGCUGUGCCACGGCGAACGUCUCAUGUAAAAGAUGCACGAAGUGUUAUUCCGUGUACUACUGCAGCAGAGAAUGUCAACAGAAAGACUGGCGGGAACACAAGAAAGUCUGCAAGCAGAAGCCAUCGUAAUACGGAGUUGGCAAAACGUGGUUAGCUCCCCUUGCCGCUUGGUAGUGCUCUGCAUAUGUGUAUGUAGCCAUUUCCGGCAAGAGAGUAUGUUAUAUCAUUCAGUAAAUUAUUUGAUAAAAAUAAAGUUUGUCUCUAAACUACACAUAUUUUUCUCAAAGCUUCGUCAGUGUAUGUUGCUGGCAUAAUCAGGAAAAGAUGUAAAACAUUUGAAAUAAUAUUAUCUGGUUAUCUAGUUUAUAUGAUUAGUUAGUAUCUAUGUAUUUAAUUGUAUGUAAAAAAACAAAGUAUUAGUUGUUAGUAUCUGGUGUAUAAUUCUGUACUGAAAAUUUAUGAUAUUGGUUGAUAAAUAUAAAAAUAUCACUGAGAUAAUAGAUUUUAGUUGCAUCCGGGAAAGGCAUGGUCAUUUGAACUAGUUAAUUAACAAAUGUUUGACAUCCAGUAGCUGAUUAUUAAUUAAUCAAAGGGCUCUAGUGUUGUCGUUAAACAAAAACUUUAACUUUGAUCUAGGUUAGCGUUAACUCGUGAUUAUAUUUAAGGGUGUCUUUAAUGCGUGUAUUUGGUAGAAGUGUACUAGCGAGUCCUUAUGGUGAUUUAAUUCUAACGGUAAUCUAAGGUCACUGUAAUUUUAUUAAAAGUCUCUGCUUUUGUGUGUAUAGGUUGACGGGUUAUUGUUUUGUUUUAAGUUUUCAUUAACCGUGUACUUUGUUUUAAGAAAAGACAACCAGAGGUGUAGCUGCCGUCAAUUUUCAAAACAAAACAAUAAAUACAACAAAAAACACUAUAUAGGCCUAGGCGUUUUAUGCUGUAACCCGCCUGCCAACACAAAAUAUUUUAUAGAAGAUUUGUUUUGUUUUUAGUUUUUUUAAGAAUUUUAUUUCUGAUGUAUUAUGAAUUUUUAAAAAAUUAAAAGAAAAAACCCUUCCAAUCCUAAUUUUUUUGG